GAGGCACUGAGGCGUCGAGUCGAGUGGGCGUUGCGUGGGGUCCAGGCGAAAUGGCGCAGAGAUUUCCCGCGUCUCGCGACGAGGGUUUACAGCCAGCCCUGCCGCCGGUGCCAACGCCGGCUUGCCACGGAGUCACGAACACAGGUUUGUCCUUCACUGUUGCAAGUAACCCAUACUAUCGUAGUUCAUUUGCUAUGGCCGUGAUGUUCCAUAUUCCUGGAUAUGUUCCUCCUGGGUAUGACCAGCUGAAGACAACUAUUUUGCAAAAAGAAAGGGCUAACAUUGAAAGAACCCUGUGGACCAUAAAAAGCAUGUGGAGGAAGGCAGGUGUGACAAUUGUUUCUGAUGGGUGGUCAGAUGCUCAGAGGCGACCUGUUAUCAAUAUCAUAGCCAUCAAUGAAAAUGGGCCAGUUUUUUUGGAAGCAGUUAACAAUAAAGAUAAGUUGAAGACAAAGGAAUUCUACAUAGCAGAGAAGCUCAUUGCUGCAAUUGAAAGUGUUGGAUCAGAAAAUGUUGUCCAAGUGAUCACAGACAAUGAUCCUGUUUGUAGAGAUUCUGGGGUGCUGAUUGAACAGAAGUAUGAUCACAUCCAAGGGACACCAAGUGUUGCUCAUUCUUUAAGUCUUGCCUUGGAUAAUAUUUGUGCUGCUAAGAAUGCCGAAAAUGUUGUCUACAAAGACUGCCACUGGAUUUCAGAAGUUAUAGGUGAUGCAAGAAUGAUAAAUGAUUUCAUAUGUGAACAUACCAUGCUAUUUUCCAUGAUCAGUGAUUUUAGUAAGCUAAAGGUGCUUGGCAUUGCUGACACAAGAUUUGCUUUAGAUAUUGUCAUGCUAAAGAGGCUUCGGUUGAUUAAGCAAUCUAUUAUAGGGCUGGUCCUCAACGAGAAGUGGCCUGCUUAUAGUAAGGAUGAUGAGGGGCAAGCACAGCUUGUGAAGAAAAAACUUACUGAUGAGUUGUGGUGGGAUCAAGUUGAUUACAUUCUUGCUUUGACAGAACCCACAUAUUCAAUGAUACGCAGCACGGACACUGAAAAGCAGUGUAUUCAUUUGAUCUAUGAAAUGUGCAAUGGUAUGAUAGAGAAGGUAAAGGAUAUCAUUUUUAGACAUGAAGAGAAGAGAGCUGAGGAAGAGUCAACAUUUUAUUCUGUUAUAAGUGGCAUUUUAGUGGAUUGGUGGGGCAAGACCAGAAGUCCACUCCACGGUUUAGCUCAUGCACUAAACCCAAGAUGUUACACUACUAGUUGGAUUGAUGAAGGUGCUAAUCGUCAACCCCCGCAUAAGGAUACUGCGAUUAAUGAGAUGGCAAAUGACUGCUUGAAGAAACUAUUUCCUGCUGCAGAUGACUUGAGGGCAAUCGAGGCAGAGUAUGCUAAGUUUUCUCUUUUGGGCACAGAGCUUGCUUCCUCGGGUGCAGGAGGCUUUAGUUUGGAUUGUAUCACUGACAGGGAUCUUCUUGACCCAAAGGCAUGGUGGGUGACUCAUGGCAGUUCAACACCUAGGCUGCAGGAGUGUUAGCCCUCACGAUUCUUGGCCAUCCUGCCUCGGCAUCCUGCUGCGAGAGGAACUAGACCACUUACAAACUGAUCCGCACGAUCAUGAAGCUCGAGGGUCGUCCUAAAUGGGCGGAUGAUCUAGUGUUUGUUCACACCAACCUACGGGUUUUGGCGAGAACCUCGAAGUUCUACUAUACAGAUCCAGAGUCAGUGCUUUGGGACGUUGGGGGCGACGCAAGUUAUCUUGCGCCCUGCGCCCCGGCUGAUUUUCUAGAGUUCGCUGAACUUUCACUCGAUGAACUUGAGUUUGAGCUUGCUGUUCUUGAAGGGAUGGAGGAUGAUGUUUUGGCAUGAAGCUGGAGGCUGACUGAUCCUGCCUCUCUUGUCACUGGGGGUAUAUUUUGUCUAUGUGGGGGGAAAUCUGGUGUAUUCUGGUUGUGUGGCCACUCUGGUAGCAUGCAAAACUAUGACAUGAUAGUGUUGGCGAUAUGCAAAGCAAUGUAGUAGUAGUGGUAGUGGUGGACUGGUGCUAUACCGGUAGUAGUAUGUAAAGCCAUGUGAUACUCCUAUAACACAUUUGGUAGCAUGCAAAUCCGUGGAAUGUCGGUUGAUUUAAUGUUUGUUCUCGUGUC